AUGAGAACUCAUACAGGAGAAAAACCAUUUACUUGCCCUACAUGUCAAAGAAGUUUUACUCAAGUAUCUAAUUUAAAAAAUCACAUGAGAACUCAUACGGGAGAGAAACCAUAUACUUGCUCUGUAUGUCAAAGAAGUUUUUCUGAUUCAGGUGCUCUCAAAUGUCACAUGAGAACUCAUACGGGAGAGAAACCAUAUACUUGCUCUGUAUGUCAAAGAAGUUUUGCUCAUUUACCUAAUUUAAAAUCUCACAUGAGAACUCAUACGGGAAAGAAACCGUAUAUUUGUUCUGUAUGUCAAAGAAGUUUUUCUGAUUCAAGUGCUCUCAAAUGUCACAUGAGCACUCAUACGGGAGAGAAACCAUUUACUUGCUCUAUAUGUCAAAGAAGUUUAAAAACUCAUAUGAUAACUCAUACAGGAGGAAAGAAACUGUAUACUUGCCCUACAUGUCAAAGAAGUUUUUCAUCAAGUGAUUUCACAAAACACAUGAUAACUCACAGGGACAGAAACCAUUUACUUGCUCUAUUUGUCAAAGAAGUUUUCCUGAGUCAGAAGUUUUAA